AUGCUGUUGGCAAACUGUUUGAGAAUGCCCGAAGAAGACACAACAACAAUGGCAGAAGAAGCAGUAUUGGGUAAUAACUUCAGAGCCAUCCUGGAAAGACGUCUUUUCCCUCUUCUUCAUUACCACUUUUUCCUUUUGGUUGAUAGUAUCAUCUUCAACUUUCAGUAUAAGGCCAAAAUAUGUGAAGAAUUCCACCUUUCAUGCUCUCUUGGACCAUUUGAGCCAUACUUGCUCAGGAAUUCCGUCGUAUUUCCCACCCUUAAGCCUCGCGAAGUUCUAGCCUGGCCUUUUUCAUGA